UCUUCCCUUUUUUUGGGUAGAGCCGUAGAGGUGCCAUUUUUAAAGUGGCAGGGGUCAAGGUGAUGUGUUGGUGUUAAUAAUGGGCAGUAAGGUCAUUAAAAAGGGCAGGAAGUUUCUUACCUCACUUACUUUCAACAAUGUGGACUGUCCUUGCUUCCAAUCUCUUCUCAGUUCCCACACUGUGCAGAUCAAAGCCAUAAGCCAUUUCAUUCUCUCUAUAUAUACCCCCCUCUUCCUCCUCAAACUCCAACACCCCACCUCUCUCUCUCUCUCUCUCUCCCCCAUAUUUUCUUUCUGGGAAUUGAAUUAAGCGAAGGGAAAUGGCCAGGAGAGUUGGCAUUCUCAUGCUCUGCAUUGCUUUCGUGCUUGCUUUGCUUGCAACGACAAACCAGGCUUCUAGCGCAGGAGUCACGGCAGCAUCUCAGCUCCAACAAAGCAACCGCCAAACGUCUGGAACCACCCAAGGCAGCCUACAUCCUCAAGAAUGUCAGCCGAGGUGCACCACGCGUUGCUCGGCGACAGCCUUCAAGAAGCCAUGCAUGUUCUUCUGCCAAAAGUGCUGCGCAAAGUGCCUCUGCGUUCCCGCCGGCACCUAUGGCAACAAGCAGAGCUGCCCUUGCUACAACAACUGGAAGACCAAGCGAGGAAGCCCCAAGUGCCCUUAACCUACUCUCUUAAUUAAUUAAUUAAUCAAUUUCUGCCCUUAAUUACUUGCUUAAUUGCCACUCCAUACCACCUAAAUAAUCAAUAAUUUUCCCAUUCUUUCCCUUCAUUCCUCAUUGUGUUGUCAAUUCAUGGGAAGCAGUGGUCUUAUGCAGCCUUUUUUCUUUUAAUUUUUUUUUCAUUUUUUAUAAGAUGGUGUCCGAGACUUUUUCAGUAUUUGAUUAAUCAAUCGAUAACUGUCCGCCCAUCUAUUUCUUUCUUGUUUAAAUUAUCAGGUCUUAUUUCAAUUAAUAAAUUCAAAACUUUCCUAUUGCUCA